AUGAUCGCCGCCGCGUUCCUGGUUUUGCUGCGACCCUACAGCAUCCAAUGUGCCCUCUUCUUGCUCAUGCUCCUGCUGGGGACCAUUGCUACGAUUUUAUUCUUCUGCUGCUGGCACCGCAAGCUCCAGAAAGGGAGGCAUCCUAUCAAAUCCGUCCUUUCAGGGCGCUCAAGGAGCCGAGAUGCUGUAAUGAGAACUCAUCACUGUCGCUCCGAGGUAAUUUAUUUAGCACGCAAUUUCAAGGGUUUUAGACCAAGUCCUCGUCACGCUAGAAGACGUGUAGCACCUCGCCUUGAAGAAACACAGCCUUUAGCAGAAGUACAUCACUUAAGUGAACAAGAAACUUCCAUAAGGAAAAGAAAAAUCAAGAAAAACAGCAGAGUUCAGCCAGAAUUUUACCAUUCUGUUCAAGUCACACCAACUCGAAAACCUAGCUCUGGAAACGCCUCCUACCGAUGCUCCAUGUCUUCCUCUGCGGAUUUCUCCGAUGAAGACGAUUUCAGCCAGAAAUCUGGCUCCGGGUCUCCGGCACCGGGGGACACACUGCCCUGGAACCUGCCGAAACAUGAGAGAUCCAAGCGGAAAAUUCAAGGCGGCUCCGUGCUGGACCCAGCCGAGAGAGCAGUGCUUAGGAUAGCCGAUGAACGGGACAAAGUACAAAAGAAAACCUUCACAAAAUGGAUAAAUCAACACCUCAUGAAGGUUCGCAAGCAUGUGAAUGAUCUGUAUGAAGACCUGAGGGAUGGACAUAACUUGAUCUCCCUUUUAGAAGUCCUUUCUGGGGACACCCUGCCCCGAGAGAAAGGUCGGAUGCGUUUUCACAGACUCCAGAAUGUACAAAUUGCACUUGACUAUUUGAAAAAACGCCAGGUGAAACUGGUAAAUAUUAGAAAUGAUGACAUAACAGAUGGAAAUCCCAAGUUGACUUUGGGGUUAAUAUGGACCAUAAUUUUGCACUUUCAGAUAUCUGACAUCCAUGUUACUGGACAGUCAGAGGAUAUGUCUGCUAAAGAGAGGCUACUCCUGUGGACACAGCAGACAACUGAGGGUUAUGCUGGAAUCCGUUGUGAAAAUUUCACUACCUGCUGGCGAGAUGGAAAAUUAUUUAAUGCCAUCAUUCAUAAAUACAGGCCGGACCUGAUAGACAUGAAUACCGUUGCUGUUCAAAGCAACCUUGCAAAUUUAGAACAUGCUUUUUAUGUAGCAGAAAAACUAGGUGUCACCAGACUUCUGGAUCCGGAAGAUGUUGAUGUCUCCUCCCCUGAUGAGAAGUCAGUAAUAACUUAUGUGUCAUCACUUUAUGAUGCAUUUCCCAAAGUACUGGAAGGUGGUGAAGGCAUCAGUACAAAUGAUGUUGAAGUCAAGUGGGUUGAAUACCAGAAUAUGGUGAACUACCUCAUCCAGUGGAUCAGGCACUAUAUCACAAUAAUGUCUGACAGAACAUUUCCAAACAAUCCUGUAGAACUGAAGGCACUUUAUAACCAAUACUUACAGUUUAAGGAAACAGAAAUUCCACCAAAGGAGAUAGAUAAAUCAAAAAUUAAAUGUCUUUAUAAACUGCUGGAGGUCUGGAUAGAAUUUGGACGCAUCAAACUCCCUCAAGGCUACCAUCCAAAUGAUAUAGAAAAAGAGUGGGGAAAACUUAUUAUUGCCAUGCUGGAAAGGGAGAAAACCCUUCGACCUGAAGUAGAGCGGUUGGAGAUGUUGCAGCAAAUUGCAAACAGAGUUCAGCGGGACAUCCUGGGCUGUGAAGACAAACUGAUACUUGCUCGGAAUGCUCUGCAGUCUGAUUCCAAGCGAUUAGAAUCAGGGCUACAGUUCCAGAAUGAAGCAGAGAUAGCUGGAUAUAUACUUGAAUGUGAGAAUCUUCUGCGCCAACAAGUAAUUGAUGCCCAAAUUCUUAUUGAUGGAAAAUAUUACCAGGCAGAUCAACUGGUACAGAGGGUUGCUAAACUUCGAGAUGAUAUUAUGGCCUUAAGGACUGAAUGUUCUUCAAUAUUCAGCAAGGGGCACACACUGACAACAGAACAGACGAAGCUGAUGAUUUCGGGAAUAACACAAAGCUUAAACUCAGGAUUUGCACCAAACUUAAACCCUGAUUUAAACUCUGGAAUGACCCAGAGUUUAACACCUACUUUGACUUCUUCCAGUCUGACAUCAGGCCUCUCAUCAGGUCUUACUUCAAGACUGACUCCGGCAAUCACACCAGCUUAUACACCAGGCUUUCCACCACGGGUAAUUCAAACCUAUGUAACAGGAGUUGACACCAAUGCACUGCAAACACUAAAGCUGAUGCAAAUCCGAAAGCCCCUCAUGAAAUCAGCUUUUGUUGAUCAAAAUUUAACAGACGAAGAAGUCAACAUGAAAUUUGUCCAGGACCUCUUGAACUGGGUAGAUGAAAUGCAGGUGCAACUUGAUCGAACAGAAUGGGGUUCAGAUCUGCCAAGCGUUGAAAGCCAUUUAGAAAAUCAUAAAAAUGUCCAUAGAGCUAUAGAAGAUUUUGAAACAAGCCUUAAAGAAGCUAAAAUCAGUGAGAUCCAAAUGACUGCCCCUCUUAAACUCAGUUAUGCAGAAAAAUUGCACAAACUGGAGAGUCAGUAUGCAAAACUCUUGAAUACAUCAAGAAAUCAAGAAAGGCACCUUGAUACCCUGCACAAUUUUGUGUCCCGUGCCACUGGAGAGCUUAUAUGGCUGAAUGAAAAAGAAGAGGAGGAGGUUGCGUAUGACUGGAGUGAAAGAAACUCCAAUAUAUCAAGAAAAAAGGAGUACCAUGCAGAUUUAAUGAGAGAACUUGAUCAAAAAGAAGAAGUUAUUAAAUCAGUUCAGGAAAUAGCAGAGCAGCUACUCCUGGAAAAUCACCCUGCAAGGCUAACUAUUGAGGCCUAUAGAGCUGCAAUGCAAACACAGUGGAGCUGGAUUUUACAGCUCUGUCACUGUGUUGAACAACACUUGAGAGAAAAUGCUGCUUAUUUUGAGUUUUUCAAUGAUGCCAAAGAAGCCAUGGACUAUUUAAAGAAUUUAAAAGAUGCCAUACAGCGAAAGUACAGUUGUGAUAGGUCCAGCAGCCUUCAUAAACUGGAAGAUCUUGUUCAGGAAUCCAUGGAAGAAAAAGAACAACUCUUGCAGUACAAGAGCACAGUAGCUGGCCUUGUGGGGAAGGCAAAGGCAAUAAUUCAGCUGAAGCCAAGGAAUCCUGAUAGUCCACUCAAAACAUCCAUCCCAAUUAAAGCCAUCUGUGACUACAGACAAAUUGAGAUAACCAUUUACAAAGAUGAUGAAUGCGUAUUAGCGAGCAACUCCCAUCGUGCCAAAUGGAAAGUCAUUAGUCCAAGUGGUAACGAGGCCAUGGUUCCAUCUGUGUGCUUUACAGUUCCUCCACCAAACAAAGAAGCAAUAGACACUGCAAACAGAAUUGAACAACAUUUUCAGAAUGUACUGGCCCUUUGGCAUGAAUCACAUAUAGACAUGAAGAGCGUGGUUUCCUGGCACUACUUGACAAAUGAAAUUGAAACUGUUCGAGCUGGUAAUGUUGCUUCGAUAAAGACAAUGUUGCCAGGGGAACAUCAGCAAGUUUUAAGCAAUUUACAGUCCCGCUUUGAUGACUUUCUGGAAGACAGCCAGGACUCCAAAAUCUUUUCAGGGUCAGAUAUAGCACAUCUGGAAAGGGACGUUAAUGUCUGCAAGCAGUACUAUCAGGAGCUUCUUAAAUCUGCAGAAAGAGAGGAGCAGGAGGAAUCCAUUUACAAUCUGUAUAUCUCAGAAGUCAGAAACAUCAGACUUCGCUUAGAGAACUGUGAGGACCGUUUGAUCCGACAGAUUCGGACUCCACUGGAGAGGGAUGACCUACAUGAAAGUGUGUUUAGGAUCUCAGAACAAGAGAAGCUAAAGAAAGAGCUGGAUCGACUCAAGGAUGAUUUGGGAAUGAUUACAGAUAAAUGCGAAGAGUUUUUCAGUCAGGCUGCUGGUUCACCUUCCGUCCCCACCCUCCGUUCUGAGCUCAAUGUCAUCAUUCAGAAUAUGAAUCAAGUUUACUCCAUGUCUUCCAUUUACAUAGAAAAGUUAAAAACUGUUAAUUUGGUGCUGAAAAACACUCAAGGAGCAGAAGCACUAGUAAAACUUUAUGAGACUAAACUGUGUGAAGAAGAAGCAGUCACUGCUGACAAGAAUAAUAUUGAGAACCUUAUUGGUACAUUAAAGCAAUGGAGGUCUGAAGUGGAUGAGAAAAGAGAGGUAUUCCAUGCCUUAGAAGAUGAACUGCAGAAAGCCAAGGCGAUCAGCGAUCAAAUGUUUAAAACGCAUAAGGAACGAGAUCUUGACUUUGACUGGCAUAAAGAGAAAGCUGAUCAGCUGUCUGAGAGAUGGCAAAAUGUUCAUUCUCAGAUUGAAAACCGGUUGCGUGACUUAGAGGGUAUCAGUAAAUCUCUGAAAUACUACAAAGAUACUUACCAUACACUGGAUACCUGGAUUCAGAAAGUGGAAGAUACUCAGCGAAAGAUUCAAGAAAACCAACCAGAAAACAGCAAAGCUUUGGCUAAACAGCUGAACCAGCAAAAGAUGCUGGUUUCUGAAAUUGAAAUGAAACAAAAUAAAAUAGAUGAAUGCCAGAAAUAUUCAGAGCAAUACUCAGCUUCAGUAAAGGAUUAUGAACUGCAGACAAUGACAUACAGGGCUAUGGUUGACUCACAACAAAAAUCCCCAGUGAAACGCCGGAGAAUGCAGAGCUCAUCUGACUUCAUUAUACAAGAGUUCAUGGAUUUACGAACACGCUAUACUGCCUUGGUGACCCUGAUGACCCAGUAUAUUAAAUUUGCUGGUGACUCUUUGAAAAGACUAGAAGAAGAGGAGAAGUCAAUGGAAGAGGAAAAGAAAGAGCAUGUUGAGAAAGCUGGGGAUUUACUGAAAUGGGUGUCAGACAUCAGCAAGACCCUCAGCAGGGGAGAAGGAGAAAAGGCUGAAAAGGCAGACUUGCCUAAGCAGCAGAUUUCCACUGAUGAAAUAGUAACCAGGAGAGAACAAAUAUCUGAGGCUUUGCAGACUACACAGUCAUUUUUGGCUAAACACAGUGACAAAAUGACGGUUGGAGAGAGAAAUGAAAUGGAAAAACAAGUGAAGUCCCUUCAAGAAGGUUAUAACCUCUUAUCUAAUGAAGCUUUGAAACAACUGCAGGGGGCACAAAAUGUAGGUGAUGAAAAGAUGGAGGAAAAGGUGGAUAAAGUUAUUGCUGGUAUCAUUGAUCAAACAACUGGAGAAGUCCUUUCAGUCUUUCAGUCUGUUUUAAAAGGUCUAAUUGACUCUGAAACUGGCAUUAGAUUGCUUGAGAAUCAGCUGAUUUUAUCUGGGCUAAUUUCACCAGAAUUAGGAAUAUGUUUUGAUCUCGAAGAAGCAAAAGUCCAUGAACUUAUUGAUGAACAAACUCUACUGCAACUACAGGAAUUAAAUAAUGCUAAGAAAAUUAUUUCAGAGUCAUCAUUCACAAAUCUUCCAGCUGUAGCUGCUUUAGAACAAGGUAUUAUUCCAGAGACUCUUGCCAUUAAAAUUCUUGAGAUUCAGCUUUCCAGAGGAUAUCUAGUUAUGCCAGCUACAGGGGAGCAACUCACUUUGCACAAAGCUUUCCAGAGGAACCUGGUUUCUGCAUCUUUAUUUUCAAAGCUUUUGGAAAAGGAAGACACAUGCAAAGAUCUCAUAGACCCCAACUCUGCAGAAAAGGUUUCCCUGGAGGAGAUGGUUCAAAGAAGCAUAAUAAGUGAAGAAACAGGGUUAAGACUUCUACCUGUAAGACCACAAGAAAGAGGUAGAAUAACUCUAAAAUGUGGAAGGCAGAUAAAUAUUUUGAGAGCAGCCCAUGAAGGUCUCAUAGACCGUGAAACCAUGUUCAGGUUGCUGGGAGCUCAACUACUGUCUGGAGGUAUAAUCGAACCUGACUCAGGGCAUAGAAUGACUGUGGAAGAAGCCAUGAGACAAGAGUUGAUUGAUCAGGACACUGCUUGUGGUAUUCUGACUCACCAGAUUCAGACUGGUGGGAUAUUAUGUUCAAAUUCAUCUAAACGCUUAACUGUAGAUGAAGCCAUACAGUGCAGCUUAAUCUCAUCUAGCAGUGCACUCUUGGUACUAGAAGCACAGAGAGGCUUCAUUGGCCUCAUUUGGCCUCAUUCUGGUGAAAUAUUCCCCAUAUCUACUUCUUUACAUCAAGGGAUGAUAACAAAUGAACUGGCAAGCAAAAUACUAAAUGGCAGGCAGAAAAUAGCUGCAAUUUAUAUUCCUGAAACAUGUGAGGUACUCAGUCUGGAUAAUGCCGCACAGUUAGGGGUAAUAGAUGGUAAUACUGUAUCUGUUUUGAACAAUGUAGUUUUACCUGAUAAAAUGCCUAACAUGGAGGAUUUAGAGUCCUCUUGUAAAAAUGCUGCAAGAUGGUUAUCAUCUUAUGAAUUCCAGCCAUCUGCAUUUCAUGACCAUAGACAGGAACAAGAAGUUUCAGGUACAGAAGAGCCAAUGCCUCAUAGUGUAGAGCAAACUAAAAAAUUAUUCAUGUCUUAUCUGAUGAUAAAUAGUUAUAUGGAUGCAAACACAGGGCAAAGACUUCUGUUAUAUGAUGGAGACCUGGAUGAAGCUGUCAGCAUGUUGUUGGAAGGUGAUGAUUCUGCGUCCAGUGCUGAUGUGACAGAAGGAGGAUUUAGUAACACACAUGUAAACUCAAAAAGAACUGAUCUGAAACAACCUGACAAUGUCAUGUUUAAUAAUGUCACAAGCAAUGUCCUGCAUGAGUAUACAGGUGUACAGAAUACUUUUACUGACAGCAACUUAAAACAGCCUGAAGAAGAUAUUCAGAAUGAUAAAUGUUCAGAGAGAAAUGAUUUUCACAGUAGAGCAAAUGUCUUUAAUGCUAAUGGUUUUGAACAAUCAGAAUGUACAUUGAAUUCUUUGUCUAAACCUGAAGCAGAAACUGGAAAUAUAGUGGGUAAUACUCAAAACCCUGAAAAAGAGAAUGCAUUCAAAAGUUUUCAAGAAUAUCCUGAACAAACACAGAUGGAACGGUGUGAGCAUGUGUAUCAGCAAGCAAACUCUGGAAAUGCAGAAAGGCAUCUUCCAAAAUACUCACAAGGAAAUCUUAUUUCAGGAAUAGAUCAAGACAAACCCAGCAUGCCUGAUGGAAGAGAGAUCCUGGGUAGGGAAAGCAGGACUUUUAAAACUUCAGAAAAUUCCUUGGGUAUAGAUGAUUUGUCAGUUAAUAGUGAAGUCAGUGCUGUUCAAGAAAACAAUCCAAAGUAUGGCCCUCACAUUUUGCACUCUGAUGAUAAGAAUAUGUUAACUGGUAAAGAUAUGAAAAAAUGUGAUUUUCACAGAAGUCACAAUUCAUUCAGCCACACAGAUAUUGAAAACAGACUUCUAGGAGAACUUUCUGGUAAAGAAUUAGUGAGUCAAAUUGUUUAUAAUGAGCAUAAGCAUGGCAUGCUACAGUCUAAAGAGAAUGAGUAUGGCAGGCCAUCCCUUGAGGACUGUACCAAUAUGCCUGAUGGAGACACUACUGAUACACCUGGGGGGGCAUUGCUGGGAGACAGUACCAGCAUGCAUGGCAGGUCACUUCUGGGAAACAGUAUCAGUCUGCAUGGUGGGUUAUUCCUAGGGGACAGCAAUGCUAUAUAUGGCAGGUUACUACUGGGAGAUAAUAGUAAUAAACCUGGUGAUCUGCUGCUGGGAGAGAGUGAUGGCACCCCACAGUGUGAAAAUAACUAUUUGCAGCAGGUUGAUGAUGAAGAUGAUGAUGCCUAUGACACUCCUCAGGUUGAUGAUGAAGAUGAUGAUGCCUAUGACACUCCUCAGGUUGAUGAUGAUGAUGAUGAUGAUGCAUACAACACUCCUCAGGUUGAUGGGUAUGAUUCCUAUGACUCCCCUCAGAUUGAUGAUGAUUAUAGUACCUCUCAGCUUGAAAAUGAUGAUACUCCAGAGCCUGACAACACACUCUUAGGUGUCCAAGAAGAAAGAGAUGGGCUAGUAAAUGUGAGGGAAGAACUAAACACUUUUCAAGAUGUGAGUAAUACUGGAGAUAGUGUCCUGAGCGUUAGUGAAGUAAGUCAGACAGAUUCUUUUGAGAUGAUACAUAUGGCCUCAGGAAGUGCUGGAAUGUUAGACGCCAUCUCUGAAGAGGAGACAGAAAACGUAGGGAAGGUGGAAGAGAAGGAGCAGACACUACCAGUCAUGAGAGAGAGUGAAGAAAGUGAGGAGAACGGCUUUAGUCCCUUAUUGAGGCUGCAUGAAGCUGAAGUGCAAGGAGACCGAUAUGAGGAAUGUGAAAUGCAAGCAAAAAGUAACUCUGAGGAUGAGCGUGAAGGAAUGCAGGAGGAGGAGGAGGAGGAAAAUUAUGAUUAUAUGGAUUAUGAUAGUGAUAGUUAUGAUGAAACUGAUGACGAUGAUGAAGAAGAAGAAGAAGAAGGAAUAAUGGAUAUUUAUUACUCACGGUGUCAGAAUAAAAACAUUGGUAUCCAGCUUUUUGCUCCUUCCAAAGAAAUGGAAGAUAGUGAUGAAUGUAAUCAGAAUAUUGAUGCCUUGGAUGGUUAUCUUCCUUUAAAGCACAUGGCAGUUGAUAAUAUUUUGCAGUUAGAUUCCAGCAGUCAAAAAAGUAAUCUAUGCUCUGAUAAAUCCAAUUUAAAAAAACAUAAAAAUGUAUCUGAUGUUUCUGAAGAAGGAAGUCUUGAUCUUACAGAUAAAACCAAAGAGGAAGGACAGCAAGAAAUUGAAAGUUCUGAGGAUUUGGUAGAAAGCAAACAUAUGUUUGAAGUUAUCACUGAAAAUAUCCAACCUGAAAGCAUCAUUGGCACUGAAUGGCUGUUAUCUAAGAGUGAAGGAAGUCACCUCACACAGCAUACGACUCUAACGCCUGAUCUUGUCAUGAAUGAUACCACGGCAAUAGACCCUGCAAUCAUUCAGGAGGGAUCUGCGUGUGCAUCCCCAUCUGCUAUUGCUAAGCAAACUGGUGCUGCAAACAUUCAGACUCAAAUAGACUUCCUCCCUUCAGAAGAUCUGUUACCAGUUCAUAUCAUAAUGAAAAACGAGAACAAUAUAUCUAUGCCAUGUUCGAAUUAUGAGCAAAGACAGAGCACAGAGGAAGACAUACUCGUGAAGCACAUGUCAAAUAAUGUGACUGGCAUAGAACUGCUUAAGGUAAAUUCAUCCCAAAUGGAUAAUAAUGUAGUCAGACAUGUGCCUUAUGUCAGUGAUAGUGAUAGUCUAGGUUCUUUCACUGACUUAGUACACCCAGUCACAAAUAAAGAACUUGGUCAAAUAGAAAUAGGUAUUGACAUUCCUAAACAAAAUAUAAACAUGGUGACUAUUAUAAAGGAAAGUCAUAUCCAGGAAUUAAGUAAAAGUCCCAUUCAUAUGAAAAGCCUUGGAGAAAUAUUUGAUGGAUCUAUUAAAACAGGUUGUGAAAUUGCUGUUUCAAAUGAAGAAAAAGUAAGUGUUGGACAGGCCUCAAGUGAUGCUAAAUCAGGACAUGACAGUGACUUUGAUACAGUGAAAUCAGAUGAAUUUAUGGAAGAGUUUGACCUUUCUGCUUAUUUAAAACAAUGUGCAAAAGGCCUAAAAGCAAAAGAUAUUUCAGAACUGAAUAAGGCUGAUUCUUGUUACCUUAAGGAAGGUGAAACUGACGAAAAUUGUAUACAGAAUGGAAAAGAGUUAGUGAUACCUGACUAUAUUAUUGAUAAGGGAACAGGGCAUCCAACCGAAUUAAACUCUAAUGCUCAAUCCUCUCCCCUGACAGUUACAGUAAAAUCAAAGGGAAUUAAUGUUACCAAAGAAAAUGAGGCUAUCAUCUGUCAAGAAACUGAUAAAGUUCUUACAGACACGUCAGAAAAUGACGUGAUAGUUAGUCAUGAAUUUGCCUUUAAGAAAGCUGACACAGAAGUAAGUACUGAGAAUGUCCAGGUGUCAGAGGACAGUGCUGAAACCAGACAUUCUGGGAACCAUAGAGGUGCAGCAGACUUUUCUUCUAAACCUUUGGAUAACAUAGGUGAUAGCUUGGAUAAUAUUGUGCAGAAGAAAUGUGAAACACUGGUUUGUUAUAAUGGAGUAAAAAACAUUAUGGAACAGAAUACUUUAGCCAACAAGACUGAUUUAAUUGAAAAUGGUGUCGGGAAAGAAAAGCCUGUAGAAUCAUUUCACAAAGAAGUGAUGCUCCCCAAAGACUUGCAAGUAGAGGAAGGGAUAUCACAUUCUCCUGAAGUAUCUGACACACUAAUUGAAGAUGUAAAGAAUAUUUUAAAAAAGAAAUUGAAAGAUGGCCAUGUUUUCUGCAAGCAGGAAGGUGAACCUUUAAAUUACUCUGACACAAAAUUUUUAAUGCAAAAUUUACUUAAAAUGAUUAGUCGCACACACUUGGAGAAUGAGACUUCCAGUGAGUCAAAUAUCAAGCAAACACGUGAUGACAUUAGCGCUACAGUAAUGGCUACCCCAUCGUGCAUAGAUCAAAAGGACUAUGGUAAUCUUCAGUUAUCUUGGCCUGAUAACAGGAGUCCUGACCUCCUCCUUGAUAUAUUGAAGCAAAACAACUGCAACCAAAAGACUGAUGAUAAUGCAUAUGAAACAACAAGUGAAGAAGCCCAGAAUGAAAGAGACCAAGAGAUAAAAGCUACAGCUCCUAAACUUAUUACUUCUCAACUUGAACAAAUCUUCCAAAUCCCACCUGGAGAUGAAAAUUCAUACAGAUUCGAGGAAUUGAUGAGUGAUUUGGCAAAAGACUUGUUUACCAUCUCACAGACUGCUGAUAUCACCACAGAUGAUGAGUGUGCAAGCAAAGCAGAGGAGCUGGGUACUCUUUUCUCAACAGAACUAAGAGAAUUUGGAUCAGAAACUCUCAGAGGGAAUUCACUGGUUCACAGCACAGCUAUUAUUUUGGAAAAUAACCAGCAGCCUGAGAAGUCAGACAGUCCAUCCAAAAGCUUUUCUGAGGAUGUUCUGCAAAGGAAAGAAGCUGCCACAGGAGACAACCCAGUAGGCAUGAUGUUCAGUGGAGUACAGCAAUGUUUAAAGUAUACAGAGAAACUGCGAGGACAUUUGACAAUGGUUCAGGAUAUGAAAUUCCACUUAGAUAAUCAGCAGCCUAUUAGUAACAACUUGGAAAUGCUAAAAACCCAACUUGAACAAUUAGAGUCAUUUGAAUCAGGACUGGCUACCUUUGCUGCUGUUCUAAAAAAAGAUAUGAAGUUGACAGAAGAGUUUUUAAAGUCUCUGCACAAAGAUGGUCCCAAAGAACAACUUCAGGAGCUAAAAAUAACAUAUGAAUAUUUACAGAAGGCCUUUUUUGUGGUCUGUGACAUGUCUUCAAAGCGUGUAAAACAAAUAGUCUUUGCUGUUGACUCUGAAAUGUCUAAGCUUUCAAUAUUGCAUCAGGAACUUCUAAGCAGACUUCAGAAGUUUUCAGACCAGAUCACAGAAAACAGUAAAACUGUGAACAACCUGACAGUGAAUACUAGUGAUAUAGAAAAUGUGAAGCAAAGCUUACAACUGCUCAAGAACAAUUCAAAAGAGCUUGGCUGUAUGAAGAUACAACUGGACUCCAUAGCAUUUGAUGUUCAGUUCUUCAUUUCUGAACAUGCCCAGGAUCUUUCGCCUAAUCAGAGCAAACAGCUGUUGAGGCUCUUAAAUAGUACUCAGAAGUGUUUUCAGGAAGUACAGGAAACAAUCACAUCUCAGAUGGAAAGUUUAGAGGGACUGUUACAGACAGCACAAGAUCUUGGUGAUCAGAAGGAUGUGGCUGAGCAGCAGCAGGAAUGCAAGGAGAAACUACAGGAAAUAUGUGAUCUCUUUACGCAAACAGAAAAUCGACUCAUUGGUCACCAAGAAGCUCUUGUUAUCGGAGACAGCAAGGCUGAGUUAAAACAAUACCAAACCAAACAAGAGGAGUUACAGAAAGAUAUGCUGGCAAGUGCACAGGCACUGGCAGAGAUUGUGAAAAACACUGAGAUGUUCUUGAAAGAGAAUGGAGGAAAGCUGUUACAAGAAGACAAGACUAUUCUUGAACAGAAACUUAAUGAAGCUAAGACAAAAUGUUUGCUGCUUAGCCAGAAGGCAGAAGAGUCCAAAAAAGUGCUGGAUAAAGCUGUGACAACAGCUAUUAAGCAGGAAACAGAAAAGGUUGCCGCCAUAGAACAACUGGAAGAGAGUAAAAAUACGAUUGAAAAUCUCUUGGAUUGGCUGUCAAAUGUGGAUAAGGCAGCAGAGCAUGGGGAUGAGAAAUGGACGCUGGCAAUAGAACAGAAUGGAACCCAUUUUAAAGAAGGGGAUGUAAAGGUUUUGGAGGGAGAAGAGGAUGAAGUCAAUGGUAACCUGUUGGAACUUCAGCAACAGACUGAAACCCAUGUAGAUGGCAGAGUAAAACCAACAGACAGUAACCUGAACCAGCAGUAUCAAAAAGUCAAGGCUCAACAUGAGAAAAUUAUUUCUCAGCAACAGGCUGUUAUAAUAGCAACUCAGUCUGCCCAAGCGCUACUUGAGAAACAAGGCCACUACCUUUCCCCUGAAGAAAAAGAGAAGAUGCAAAGGAACAUGAAGGAACUGAAAGUCCAGUAUGAAACUGCUUUAGCUGAAUCGGAAUGGAAAAUGAAGUUAACGCACUCUCUGCAGGAAGAACUUGAGAAAUUUGAUACAGACUACAGUGAGUUUGAAAGCUGGCUGCAGCAGUCAGAACAAGAACUUAAAAACCUGGAGGCUGGUGCUGCUGACUUCACUGGUAUCAUGACCAAGCUCAAAAGGCAAAAGAGUUUUUCAGAAGAUGUUAUUUCUCACAAAGGUGAUUUACGGUACAUUACAAUUUCUGGACAGAGGGUGUUAGAUGCUGCUAAAUCUUGGAGUAAAAAAGAUGGUGUCAAGGUUGACAAAGAUGGUAUUGAUACUUCAGCUACUUACAUAGAGGUGCAAAGUAAACUGGAUGGUGCUUCAGAUCGUUUCAAAUCUCUUUAUACUAAGUGUGGUAUCCUUGGAAAUAACCUUAAAGACCUGGUAGAUAAAUACCAGCAUUAUGAAGAAGCCUCAUCUGGGCUUUUGUCAGGUCUCCAGACCUCUGAAGUCGCUGUGAACAAACAGCUGUCUGAGCCAAUUGCAGUGGAUCCUAAGAACCUCCAAAGGCAACUAGAAGAAACCAAGGUUCUCCAGGGGCAGGUGUCUAAUCACCAGGUUGCUGUAGAGAAACUGAAAAAAGCUGCUGAAGUGCUUUUGGAUACCAGGGGAACUUUACUACCAGACAAAGAUGAAAUCCAGAAAACACUGGAUGACAUUGUUGGCAGAUAUGACAGUUUAUCCAAAUCUGUGAACGAACGGAAUGAGAAGCUCCAGAUAACAUUGACUCGUUCCCUAAGCGUGCAAGAUGGUUUGGAUGAAAUGCUUGACUGGAUGGGAGGUGUUGAAAAGAGUCUUGAAGAACAAGGUCAAAUGCCUUUGAAUUCUGGUGCUAUUCAGGAUAUCAUUAGUAAAAAUAUUAUGCUGGAGCAAGAUAUUGCAGGUCGCCAAAGCAGUAUAAAUGCUAUGAAUGAAAAAGUGAACAAAUUCAUAGAAACAACAGAUCCAUCCACUGCCUCCUGUCUGCAAGCUCGAAUGAAUGAGCUCUCUGUACGGUUUGCUGAAGCAAGUACCAGACAUAAAGGGAAACUUGCAAAGAUGGAGGAAUUAAAGACCAAAGUGGAGUUGUUUGAAAGCCUGUCAGAAAAACUUCAGUCAUUUUUAGACAAGAAAACUCAGGCUCUCAACGAAACCGAUGCUCCAGGAAAGGAUGUUACUGAAGUGUCUCAAUAUAUGCAGGAAACUAGUACAGCGUUGAUAGAUCAUAAAAAAGAUCUUGAAGUUUUGCAUCAGCUUCUUGAAGCGCUUUCUGUCCAUGGUCUCCCUGGGGACAAAGCACUGGUUUUAGAAAAGUUAAAUGCCUUGACAAAGAAGUUCAAGGAAGUGGAAGAGACUGUGAAGGAAAAAGAAGAGGAUGUAUCAUCUUGUCAGGAACAAAUGGAUACUUUCAAGCUCCUUGUAGAAUCUUUAAAGAAAUGGAUGAACGAGACAACAGAUAGGAUUCCAGCUGUGCAACCCUCUUUAAAUACAGCGGAUUUAAAGAAACCAUUGGAAGAUAUUAGGAAAUUAGAAGAGGAAUGGACUUUAAAAGCACCUGAAAUUCAGAAAAUGAAGAGCAGAGGAACAUCAUUAUGUAACCUAAUCAGUGCUGUGACUUCCCCUGCCAAAUGCAGGGCAGCUUCAAAAGCAGGAGGAAUAGUAUUAAAUGGUGAAGGAGCAACUUCAGGUACUCAAGGUUUCCUGACAAAUAAAGAACUGACAGCUGUUCAACAGGCUAUGUCAGAUGUAAAUCACAGUUACGAAGAUUUGGGAGCUUUACUGAAGGAAAAGGUUUCAGAACUGGAAAGCAUGCUUUCAAAGAUGCAAAAUGUUCAAGAAGAAUCAAACUCAGUAAUGCAGUGGCUGCAAAAAAUGGAUAAGGCUGCCACAAGCUGGGAAGCAGCUCCUACUGAUAGUGAAGCUGUUAGAGCACAAGUAGAACAACAUAAGCUAUUUGAAACAGAAUUGAAGCAAAGUGAAAAUAAAGUACAGGAACUGAAGGACAAAGUGACAGAGCUGUUGGAGAAGAAUCCAAAUUCUCCUGAGGCGUCCAAAUGGAAACAGAUGUUGGAGAAAAUAGAUUCCAAAUGGAAAGAACUCAAUCAGGUUACAGCUGACAGACGACAAAAUCUCGAAGAGUCCUCAAAUUACCUGACCCAGUUCCAGACAACGGAAGCUCAGUUAAAGCAGUGGCUUAUAGAGAAAGAGCUCAUGGUCAGUGUGCUUGGACCACUGUCAAUUGACCCAAAUAUGCUGAAUACACAGAAGCAGCAAGUCCAGAUUCUGCUUAAGGAGUUUGAUACCAGAAAGCCUCAGUAUGAACAGUUAACCACAGCUGGUCAGGGGAUACUGAAGAGACCAGGUGAACAUCCUCCCUCUCAUGAGGUUGUGAAAAAGCAACUGGCAGCUGUGGCACAAAAAUGGGACGGUCUAACAGGACAACUGAGUGACAGAUGUGGUCAAAUUGACCAAGCCAUUGUCAAAAGCAAAGAGUAUCAAAGCCUUCUGAGAAGCCUGUCUGAUAAGCUAUGUGCCUUGGAUAAUAAACUGAGCAGCACCCUGGCUGUGCGCACACACCCCGAUGCUAUGAAACAGCAGUUGGAAAUGGCUCGAGAAAUGAAGCAGGAAAUAGAACAGGAAAUGAAAAAUAUAAAAGUGGCUCAGGCCCUUUGUGAGGAGCUGUCAGCACUGGUUGGAGAAGAGUACUUGAAAGCUGAACUUAUUAGGCAAUUGGAAGGCAUCGUAAAACCAUUUACGGAUAUUGAGCAGAAAGCAGCUAAUCACAUCCAGCAACUUCAAUCAGCAUAUGCUACUUCUCAUCAGUUCCAACAAAUGUCUAAGGACUUUCAGACCUGGCUGGACAAAAAGAAAGAAGAACUGAACCAGGCUCACCCUGUAUCGGCCAAGCUUGAGUCCUUGCAGUCGUUAAUUGAAGAGCAGAAAGAUUUUAAGCAGACCUUGUCUGACCAGAUUAGUUCUUAUGAAAAAAUUGUUGCAGAAGGUGAAAGCCUCCUACAGAAGACUCAAGGAGCUGACAGGGCAGAGUUGCAGUCUCAGCUUGGCAUGCUCAAAAGUAACUGGGAUGAAAUGAAUAAGCAAAUAAGAGAAAGGCAAGAUAAGUUAAGUACUUGUUUGGAGAAAGCCCUCAAGUACAAAGAACAUGUAGAAAACCUGCAGCCCUGGAUAGAGAAGUGCCAAAAUAACCUGUCUGAAGUAAAGAUUGUCAUAGAUCCUGUUGAAAUAGAGAAUUCUAUUGCUCAGGUGAAGGCGUGGCAAAAGGACUUCGACAAACACCAUAGCAUGGUGGAAUUAUUAAAUAACGCAGCCGACAGUUUGCUCAAUGCCAGUCAAACAGAUAAAGAAAGCAUUACAGAAGAGAAAGUGGCAUUGAACCAGAAAGUGGAUAUGGUCACAGAACAAUUACAUAGUAAGAGGGAGUCCUUGGAAAACAUGGCACAAAAGUUAAAAGAGUUUCAGGAAUCAUCCAGAGAAACCCAAAGGCAACUUAAAAGUGCCAAAGAGCAGCUAGAAGCUCAUGAUGCUCUUGGAGUCCAGGCUUGUAGUAACAAACACUUGACAAUGUUGCAGAGCCAGCAGAAAACACUUCAGACUUUAAAGCCUCAUGUGGACUUGGCCAAAAAACUUGCCCAAGAACUGGUGGUAGAAGCUUCCAAUUCAGAAGGUGUUUCUGAUCUCUUGUUGCAAGCUGAGUCUUUAGAGCAAGAAUACAGUACAAUCAGCCAGCAGGUUGAAGGCAAGUGUUCAUUCUUAGAGACCAAACUUCAGGGAAUUGGCCAUUUCCAAAACAACAUCAGAGAGAUGUUUUCUCAGUUUGCAGAGUUUGAUGAUGAGCUCGAUAGCAUGGCUCCAGCAGGAAGAGAUCUAGACACUCUGCGGUCACAAAGAGAGGAUAUCAACAAUUUCCUCAAAAAGCUGGAAGAUCUUAUAACAAGUAAUGAAAAUGCCAACAAAACCUGUAAAAUGAUGUUAGCCACUGAAGCGUCUCCUGAUCUUGUUGGUAUAAAAAGGGACUUAGAGGCUUUAAGUAAACAAUGCAAUAAAUUACUGGACAGAGCAAAAGCCAGAAAGGAACAAGUGGAAGGAAUUAUUAGUCGUAUUGAAGAGUUUUAUAGUAAGUUAAAAGAAUUUUCCAGUCUGCUUGGGGGAGCUGAAGAACAUGAAGAAUCUCAAGGUCCUGUUGGAAUGGAAACAGACAUUAUUAAUCAACAGCUGAAUAUAUUCAAGGUAUUCCAGAAAGAAGAGAUUGAACCACUGCAAGUUAAACAACAGGAGGUAAAUUGGUUAGGCCAAGGCCUUAUUCAAAGUGCUGCUAAAAAUGCUAGCACCGAGAACCUUGAGCAUGACCUUGAAGAUGUUAACACCCGAUGGAAGACUCUCAAUAAGAAGGUGGCUCAACGAGCUGCUCAGCUGCAAGAAGCUCUUCUCCGCUGUGGAAGGUUCCAGGAUGCCCUUGAAUCUCUGCUUAGCUGGCUCAUUGAUACAGAAGAUCUAGUGGCCAAUCAGAAGCCCCCAUCUGCGGAGUUCAAAGUUGUGAAGGCCCAGAUACAGGAACAGAAACUUCUCCAAAGGUUACUGGAUGACCGCAGGCCUACCGUUGAGGUAAGCAAGCGAGAAGGGGAGAAAAUUGCAGAGUCAGCAGAACCUGCUGAUAAAGUGAAGAUCUUGAAGCAGUUGAGUCUCCUGGAUAGUAGAUGGGAUGCAUUGCUCAGUAAAGCUGAAACAAGGAAUCGUCAGUUGGAAGGUAUCUUAGUGGUAGCACAGCAAUUCCAUGAAACUUUAGAACCCCUGGUUGAGUGGCUGACCACCACUGAGAAAAGGCUUGCAAAUUCUGAACCCAUUGGAACACAAACUUCUAAACUGCAGCAGCAGAUUUCUCAGCAUAAAGCGUUAGAAGAUGACAUCGUUACUCGCAAUAAAAGUUUACAUAUGGCCAUUAGCAUUGGUCAGUCUCUUAAGGCUAUGAGCUCCAGAGAGGAUAAAGAUAUGGUGCAGGAAAAGCUAGAUUCUUCCCAAGCCCGAUAUAUUGAGAUUCAAGAGAAGAGUAACAGCUGGUCUGAACUGCUCCAGCAAGCCUAUUGCAAUGCUCAGAUUUUCGGGGAAGAUGAAGUUGAAUUGAUGAACUGGCUGAAUGAAGUACAUGACAAACUGAGCAAAUUGUCAGUCCAAGAUUACAGGACAGAUUCACUCAUGAAACAACACGCUGACCUGCUGGUGCUUCAGGAAGAGAUUCUGCUCAGAAAACAAAAUGUCGAUCAGGCUAUACAAAACGGCUUAGAGCUUCUCAAGCAAACAACAGGUGAUGAAGUUGUAAUAAUUCAAGAUAAAUUGGAAGGCAUUAAAGCAAGGUACAAAGAUAUUACUAAAUUGAGUUCUGAUGUAUCCAAGACUUUAGAGCAAGCUCUGCAGCUUGCAGGUCAACUGCAGUCCACUCAUGAGGAACUCUGCAUAUGGCUUGACAAAGUGGAGGUGGAAUUGCUUUCAUAUGAUGCUCAGAUCCCCAAGGGAGAAGAAUUAAACACAGUACAAGAAAGACAAAAAGAGUUGAAAAAAGAAGCAAAGAACAACAAAGGCUUAUUGGACACCCUCAAUGAAGUCAGCAGUGCCUUGCUGGAAUUGGUGCCAUGGAGGGCAAGAGAGGGGUUAGACAAAAUGGUGACGGAGGACAAUGAGCGGUACAGAUUAGUGAGCGACACGCUAACUCAGAAGGUGGAGGAGAUUGAUGCUGCCAUUCUAAGAUCACAGAAGUUUGAUCAAACAGCUGAUGCAGAAUUAGCCUGGAUUGCAGAAACAGAAAAAAAAUUGAUGUCUCUGGGUGAUAUUAGGCUUGAGCAAGACCAGACUGCUGCUCAGCUACAAGUUCAAAAGGCAUUUACCAUGGAGAUUUUGAGGCACAAGGAUGCUAUAGAUGAACUGGUUGAAACUGGGGAUGAGAUUAUGAACACAUGCACUGAAGAGGAGAAACAGUCCAUGAAGAGAAAACUGGAAAGCCUCUUACAGAAAUAUGAUACGGUCUGUCAAAUGAACGCUGAGAGGAACCUCCAACUGGAACGUGCUCAAUCCCUGGUUAACCAGUUCUGGGAGACUUACGAAGAGCUUUGGCCGUGGUUAACCGAAAUAGAAAUGGUCAUCUCGCAGCUUCCUGCUCCAGCUCUUGAAUAUGAAACUUUAAAGCAACAGCAAGAAGAGCAUCGGCAACUGCGUGAGCUGAUUGCUGAACACAAGCCUCAUAUAGAUAAGAUGAACAAAACUGGCCCUCAGUUGUUGGAGUUGAGCCCAGGAGAAGGUUUUUGUAUCCAAGAGAAAUAUGUGGCGGCUGACACCCUUUACAGUCAAAUUAAAGAAGAUGUCAAAAAGCGAGCACUAGCACUGGAUGAAGCCAUUUCUCAGUCUACUCAGUUUCAUGACAAGAUAGAUCCAACCCUCGAGAGUCUGGAACGCAUAGUUGAACGUCUGAGGCAGCCACCUUCAAUCUCAGCUGAGGUCGAGAAGAUUAAAGAGCAGAUCAGUGAAAAUAAGAAUGUGUCAGUAGAUCUGGAAAAACUUCAGCCUGUGUAUGAGACACUCAAACAGCGUGGGGAGGAAAUGAUAGCUCGCUCAGAGGGAGCUGAUAAGGAUAUAUCCGCUAAAGCUGUUCAGGAUAAAAUUAAACAAAUGGUCUUCAUCUGGGAAGACAUCCAGGCCUUGACCGAGGAAAGGGAGGCCAAAUUGCUGGAUGUGAUGGAGCUGGCUGAAAAGUUCUGGUGUGAUCACAUGGCUCUUGUAGUCACUAUUAAAGAUACUCAGGAUUUCAUCCGAGAACUGGAGGGACCCGGAGUUGACCCCUCUGUAGUCAAACAACAGCAAGAGGCUGCAGAGGCUAUCCGAGAAGAAGUUGAUGGACUGCAGGAAGAACUCGAUAUGGUGGUAAACCUAGGUUCUGAACUUAUAGCUGCUUGUGGAGAGCCUGACAAGCCUAUUGUCAAUAAGAGCAUAGAUGAGCUGAAUUCAGCUUGGGAUACUCUAAACAAAGCAUGGAAAGAGCGGAUAGACAAACUUGAUGAAGCCAUGCAAGCUGCUGUUCAGUACCAAGAUGGACUGCAGGCAAUAUUUGACUGGGUAGAUAUUGCUGGCAGUAAAUUAGCUUCAAUGUCACCAGUUGGAACAGAUCUAGAAACAGUGAAGCAGCAAACUGCAGAACUGAAGCAAUUUAAGACGGAGGCAUAUCAGCAGCAAAUAGAAAUGGAACGGCUAAAUCAUCAAGCAGAACUGUUGUUGAAGAAGGUUACAGAAGAAAGUGACAAGCACGCAGUUCAAGAACCCCUUUCAGAACUCAAACUGAUGUGGGUCAAUCUAGAGGAGAAAAUUAUUAACAGACAGCACAAGCUGGAGGGUGCCUUGUUAGCUUUGGGGCAAUUCCAACAUGCCCUGGAUGAAUUACUGACGUGGCUGACGCACACAGAAGACCUGCUGAAUGAACAGAAACCUGUGGGUGGGGACCCCAAGGCUAUUGAAAUUGAACUUGCCAAACAUCAUGUGCUACAAAAUGAUGUGUUAGCUCAUCAGUCCACCGUGGAAACAGUUAAGAAAGCAGGAAAUGACUUGAUUGAAUCAAGUGCUGUUGAAGAAGCAAGCAAUCUACAGAGCAAGUUGGAAGUUUUGAAUCAGCGCUGGCAAAAUGUGUUGAAAAAAACAGAACAAAGGAAACAGCAGCUGGACAGUGCCUUGAUCCAGGCUCAAGGUUUCCAUGGUGAAGUUGAAGAUAUGCAGCAAUGGCUGACAGACACCGAACGUCAGCUUUUGGCAUCAAAACCUGUUGGAGGUUUACCAGAAACUGCAAGAGAGCAGCUUAAUACCCACAUGGAACUCUGUGCUGCCUUUGAAGCCAAAGAAGAGCCGUACAAGUGUCUGAUGCAGAAAGGCCAGCAGAUGCUUGCAAGAUGCCCAGGGUCUGCUGAGACAAAUGUUGAGCAAGAUAUAAAUAACUUAAAAGUAAAAUGGGACUCAGUACAAACAAAACUCAGCGAAAGAAAGGCCAAACUGGAAGAAGCCCUGAAUUUGGCUAUGGAGUUCCACAACUCACUUCAAGACUUCAUCAACUGGCUUACCCAGGCAGAGCAGACUUUGAAUGUGGCUUCUCGGCCAAGUCUCAUCUUGGACACUGUCUUGUUUCAAAUUGAUGAACACAAGGUCUUUGCUACGGAAGUGAAUUCUCACCGAGACCAGAUCAUAGAGCUGGAUAAAACUGGAACCCAUCUGAAAUAUUUCAGCCAGAAACAGGAUGUUGUCCUUAUUAAGAAUCUGCUGAUUAGUGUACAGAGUAGAUGGGAAAAAGUGGUUCAACGCUUAGUGGAAAGAGGAAGAGCUUUGGAUGAUGCAAGGAAACGAACGAAACAGUUCCAUGAAGCCUGGAACAAACUUAUGGCAUGGUUGGAAGAGUCAGAAAAGUCAUUGGAUUCAGAGCUCGAAAUUGCAAAUGAUCCAGACAAAAUAAAGCUGCAGCUUACACAGCAUAAGGAGUUCCAGAAAUCUCUUGGAGCCAAGCAUUCUGUAUAUGACACCACAAACAGGACUGGACGCUCCCUCAAAGAGAAAACCUCUCUGGCAGAUGACAAUUUGAAACUGGAUGAUAUGCUGAGUGAGCUCAGAGACAAAUGGGAUACGAUCUGUGGAAAAUCUGUGGAAAGACAAAACAAACUGGAGGAAGCCCUGUUAUUUUCAGGACAAUUUACUGAUGCUCUGCAGGCUCUCAUCGACUGGCUGUAUAAAAUUGAACCUCAGUUGGCAGAAGAUCAGCCAGUGCAUGGAGACAUCGAUUUGGUGAUGAACCUGAUUGAUAAUCACAAAGUCUUCCAGAAGGAGCUGGGGAAGAGAACAAGCAGUGUCCAGGCUCUGAAACGCUCUGCUCGAGAACUCAUAGAAGGCAGUCGUGAUGACUCCUCCUGGGUAAAGGUCCAAAUGCAGGAGCUAAGCACUCGCUGGGAGACGGUCUGCGCCCUGUCCGUAUCCAAGCAAACACGAUUGGAACAGGCCGUCCACCAGGCAGAGGAAUUUCACGCUGUUGUGCAUGUUCUUUUGGAAUGGCUGGCUGAGGCAGAGCAGGCCCUUCGUUUCCAUGGAAUCCUCCCAGAUGAUGAAGAGGCUCUGCGGACACUAAUCGAUCAGCACAGGGAAUUCAUGAGGAAGCUGGAGGACAAAAAGGCAGAACUAAAUAAAGCAGCAGGUAUGGGAGAAGCCAUCCUGGCUAUCUGCCACCCAGACUCCAUCACUACCAUUAAGCACUGGAUAACAAUCAUCAGAGCCAGAUUUGAAGAGGUAUUAGCAUGGGCAAAACAACAUCAGCAGAGACUGGCAGGAGCCCUGGCUGGACUUAUUGCUAAGCAGGAAUUGUUGGAAGUCUUAUUGUCCUGGUUGCAGUGGGCAGAGACUACUCUUAGUGAAAAAGAUAAAGAGGUCAUCCCCCAGGAGAUCGAGGAUGUUAAAGCACUCAUAGCCGAACAUCAGAUGUUUAUGGAGGAAAUGACCAGAAAACAGCCUGAUGUGGAUAAAGUCACAAAGAUCUACAAAAGGAAGGCAGUUGAACCCACUCCAAUACAGUCUCAUAUUCCUGUGCUAGAUAAAGGGAGAACAGGAAGAAAACGUUCCCCAACAGCAGGCAUGUAUCCAUCAGGAACACAGGCACAAAUUGAAACCAAGAAUCCAAGGAUAAACCUAUUAGUCAGCAAAUGGCAGCAAGUCUGGCUUCUAGCCUUGGAAAGAAGAAGAAAAUUGAAUGAUGCUUUGGAUAGACUAGAAGAGCUAAGGGAAUUUGCCAACUUUGAUUUUGAUAUCUGGAGGAAAAAGUAUAUGCGAUGGAUGAAUCAUAAGAAAUCUCGAGUAAUGGACUUCUUUAGGAGGAUUGAUAAAGAUCAGGAUGGAAAGAUAACGAGGCAGGAAUUUAUUGAUGGAAUUCUUUCUUCAAAAUUCCCUACCAGCCGACUUGAAAUGAGUGCAGUGGCAGAUAUCUUUGAUAGAGAUGGUGAUGGGUACAUUGACUACUAUGAAUUUGUAGCAGCACUUCAUCCAAACAAGGAUGCAUACAAGCCUCUUACAGAUGCUGACAAAAUUGAAGAUGAGGUUACAAGGCAGGUAGCUAAAUGUAAAUGUGCAAAACGAUUCCAGGUGGAGCAGAUUGGGGAUAACAAGUACAGGUUCUUCCUGGGAAAUCAGUUUGGAGACUCUCAACAGCUGCGUCUGGUUCGCAUCUUGCGAAGUACGGUAAUGGUUCGUGUUGGAGGUGGCUGGAUGGCACUGGAUGAAUUCUUAGUAAAAAAUGAUCCUUGCAGGGUUCAUCAUCAUGGGAGUAAAAUGUUACGUUCGGAAUCAAACUCUUCAAUUACCGCUCAGCCUACCAUAGCUAAAGGGAGGACAAACAUGGAGCUGCGUGAAAAGUUCAUUUUGGCAGAUGCUGCAAGUCAGAAUGUUGCUGCUUUCCGUCCAAGAGGUCGUAGAUCACGACCUUCUUCAAGGGGCGCUUCUCCCAACAGAUCUGCUUCUAUAUCAAGUCAGGCUGGCCAGGGAGCUUCACCACAAGCAGUUGCUACAAGUACACCCAAGACACCCCAUCAUUUAACACGCAAUUAUGGUAAACCAUGGUUGACAAACCGCAAAACGUCAACUCCUUCUAAACCAUCAGAGUCCUCAGAAUAUCAAGGGUCAUCUUCAGAGGGAACACCAAUACAAGGGAGCAAACUUAGACUGCCAGGAUAUCUGUCAGGGAAAGGUUUCCACUCUGGAGAAGACAACAGCCUAAUAUCAACAGCAGCUACCAGAGUUAGAGCGCAGUUUGCAGACACCAGGAGGACUCCAAGUAGACCUGGAAGCCGAGCAGGAAGCAAGGCUGGCAGUAGGUCAAGUAGCCGCCGAGGCAGUGAUGCAUCUGACUUUGACAUUUCAGAAAUCCAGUCUGUGUGUUCAGAUACGUCAGAGACUGUUCACAAUGCAAGCAGACCACAGCCCCGAGCAGGUUCUCGGCCAGCAUCAGGCAAGCCUUCCAAAAUUCCAACUCCCCAAAGGAGGCCACCAGUCAGCAAAUUGGACAAGUCCUCCAAGAGAUAAUGUGAUCAGCUCCAUAAAGGUCUUUGCCUUGUGCAUUAAAUAUUUAAGUUUGUAAGAUGUAAAAUAUUAUGUAGAAAUUAUUGUGAAAUAUUGCAAGAGGUGGAUUUUUAAUUCUGCAGAUGGCCUUAUUUGUGUAUUUGUCUUUUUAUUUUGUGUGUAUAAUUUUUGUCAGAUUUUGUUUUUGUUUAUGCCAUAUCCUAUGUGAAGGGGAAAAGAGUUUUAAUGUUAACUAACAAUUGUACACAGUAAUGUGUAGAAAGUACACUAAAACAAUUCCCAAAUGUGCAGUGUACUGAAUGUACAGUUAAGUCUCUGCAACCUCAGUCAAAUAGGCCUAUCACUCCAUCAUUAGUUAACAGGAAAGGAUACCUCAUGAUUUUUCUUUAAAAAAAUAAAAAUUAAAAAAAGCCAAAAGACACAAUUACACAUUUUGAGCUAACUAAACGAACACUAAAGGAUGUAUGUCAAACUUACUAAGGAAUAAAAAACACAUUCACACUACGAUUAUUUAUGCAGCAUCUCUUGGAGAACUCACAGAAAGUUACUUACGCACUUGCCAGUCAUACGAUACUCCAAUAUCUUGCAGCAUUUCUGUGCCAUUGCUUUAAAUGAGGCCAGAUACACUCUGGGUAUUAGAACUACUAUACUGUAAGAAUUCAAUAUAAAGUGCAUUCAAUAUAAAGUAAAUGUGAGGUUUUCUUUUGCUUGAGUGGAUGGUAGCACUGUAUCAUUGAACUCAUUUUGUAUCAAAGCAAUUUUGCUUGCAGAAAGCUAUGAAAUAAAACAUGUCCCUUAACUUUCUUGCCAUUGAAUUUCUUUAUUUCACAGGGAAUUAGUGUUCUGCAUUAUGUUUUAGGGAAUAAAUCAUUUGAAAUGACCAAUAAUUACCUUAGAAUCAUACACUCUAAUGUAAUUUUCCAUUUGCAGCAGUCAAAUUUUGGUCAUCUACUGUAUUUAUUUAAUAAAACAUUAAUU